AUUUUGUGAAGAGACGAAGACUAAGCGGUGCGGCUGAGUCGUCGACCUCGAGCACCAGUUGGCUUCUCCACGUAGAACCCGGGAGUAGGAGAUUCAGAAUCGAAUCUCUUCUUUCUUCCCCCUCCUGUUUUUCAGCUUUGUGAAGAACCUUAACAUCAAAGAAAAUGGCCAGCAAUGUCACCAACAAGACAGAUCCUCGCUCCAUGAACUCCUGUGUAUUCAUUGGAAAUCUCAAUACUCUUGUGGUCAAGAAAUCUGAUGUGGAGGCGAUCUUUUCAAAAUACGGCAAAAUUGUGGGUUGCUCUGUUCAUAAGGGCUUUGCCUUUGUUCAGUACGUUAAUGAGAGAAAUGCCCGGGCUGCUGUGGCAGGAGAGGAGGGCAGAAUGAUUGCUGGCCAGGUUUUAGAUAUUAAUCUGGCUGCAGAGCCAAAAGUGAACCGAGGAAAAGCAGGUGUGAAACAAUCUGCAGCGGAGAUGCAUGAGUCAGUACCAGAACACCCUUCUCCGUCCCCUCUACUCAGCUCCUCUUUUGACUUGGACUAUGACUUUCAACGAGAUUAUUAUGACAGGAUGUAUAGUUACCCAGCACGUGUUCCUCCUCCUCCUCCUAUUGCUCGGGCUGUAGUUCCUUCAAAACACCAGCGUGUAUCAGGAAACACCUCACGAAGAGGCAAAAGUGGCUUCAAUUCUAAGAGUGGACAGCGAGGAUCUUCUUCCAAGUCUGGAAAGUUGAAAGGUGAUGAUCUUCAGACCAUUAAGAAGGAGUUGACCCAGAUAAAACAAAAAGUGGAUUCUCUACUGGAAAGCCUGGAAAAAAUUGAGAAAGAACAGAGCAAAGGAGGAGUAGAGAUGAAGAAUGAUAAGUCAGAAGAGGAGCAGAGCAGCAGCUCCCUGAAGAAAGAUGAGACUAAUGUGAAGAUGGAGUCUGAGGGGGUUGCAGAUGACUCUGCUGAGGAGGGGGACCUACUGGAUGAUGAUGAUAAUGAAGGGGGGGAUGACCAGCUGGAGUUGAAGGAUGAUGAAAAAGAGGCUGAGGAAGGAGAGGAUGACAGAGACAGCGCCAAUGGUGAGGAUGACUCUUAAGCACAUAGUGGGGUUUAGAAAUCUUGUCCCAUUAUUCCUUUACCUAGGCACUUGUCUAAGAUCAAAAUUUUCACCAGAUCCUCUCCCCUAGUAUCUUCUUCAGCACAUGCUCACUGUUCUCCCCAUCCUUGUCCUUCCCAUGUUCAUUAAUUCAUAUUGCCCUGCGCCUAGUCCCAUUUUCACUUCCUUUGAUGCUCCUACUAGUUAUGUUAAGUCUUACCCUGUAAUUUUUGCUUUUAAUUUUGAUACCUCUUUAUGACUUAACAAUAAAAAGGAUGUGUGGUUUUUAUCAACUGUCUCCAAAAUAAUCUCUUGGUAUGCAGAGAGUACAGUUCUUUCCAUUCAUACAUGAGCUCAGUAGUUGCUUCCCUAACUGCAAAGGCAAUCACAUUAGUUGAGUAGCACCUGAGAGCAGCUUUGAGUUAGAGGUAUGUGUGUUAUACCCCACAUAAGAGUGCUAUGUGGAGCUGUUCAACACAAAUGUAACAAUGUAUUUUUGUGAAUGAGAGUUGGCAUGUCAUAUGCAUCUUCUAGAAAAAUAAUUAGUGUAAUAGUCUUAAGAUUUGUUUUCUAAAGUUGAUACUGUGGGUUAUUUUUGUGAACAGCCUGAUGUUUGGGACCCUUUUUUCUCAAAAUAAACAAGUCCUUAUUAAA